AAUUCCCGCGCUAAAAAUAUGAGCAAUUCUGUGCUAUUUAAACGCUUUAUUAAUAGUAUUCUAGCUACUAAGCUUGAAGCAAAAUGUCAUAAUGGUUAUGUCUUUGGAGCUCGUCAGUUAUGCUCAAGGAUUUUACCGACUUUGACCAUGUACACAAAGGAGGAAUGCUCACUUUGUGAUGAUGCAAGGCUCAUCUUAGAAGAAUACAAACACAGGUAUCGUUUUGAAGAAGUUUACAUUACAGACAAAGGCAAUGAGGAAUGGUACAUGAAAUACAAAUAUGAUAUUCCAGUUUUUCACCUAAAUGGAACUUUCUUAAUGAAACAUAGAGUAGAUAGGAAUUUACUAGAGGAAAGACUAACAGAAUAUGAGAAAAAAUAG